UCGCUAAAAAGGAAAUAAAAAAAUAUUUGGAAAAAAAUUGGAUUUUGAAGAUUUGAUUCCAUAUUAUAUAAUCAUAAAUGUUGGUUUCUCAACAAGGCGGGUGAAGAUUUAAAGAUCGAGGUGAAGGAGAAAAGGGAAUUACAGAAACAUAACAGUACCCUUUUUCAAAACGGAUGAAGAGAAGAACAGACAGACAGCAUUUUCUUUCUGAGCGUUGUUAAUGGCGAUUUUGUCUAAGCCCUUUUGUUAAUUCGUUUCAACUCUUACAGUUUUUUAAACCCCUCCUUUUUUUUUUCUUUUCGGAUUCUUUGUUUCACUCGGCACUCAAAUCGUCCGUUUCUGGGUUUUUUUUUUUUUUAUAAAUUUUUUCUGUUGUUCUUUCUCGGUAUUUAAGGGAAGUUUAAACGAAUUGGGGAUUUGGGUUUUGGGUUUUGAAGAUGAUGAUGGAGAUGGAAUGGCCUUCUCGUCUUGAUGAAUACGAAAAGCUUGUUAUUAGGAUGAACACUCCCAGGGUUGUGAUUGACAAUGGGGCUUGCUCUACGGCCACUCUGGUGAAGGUUGAUAGUGCUAGAAGAUUUGGAAAUCUCUUGGAGGCUGUACAGGUUCUUACUGAUUUGAACCUUUCAAUCAAGAAAGCUUAUGUUUCUUCAGAUGGAAGAUGGUUCAUGGAUGUGUUUCAUGUUACCGAUCAGAACGGCGAGAAAUUAACUGACGAGAGCGUGAUUAGCUACCUCGAGCAGUCUCUUGGGACGACUCAUUAUCGAAGGAAUGAAGAAUUUAAUGGGACCACCACAGCUUUGGAGCUCACUGGGACCGACCGUGUUGGUCUUCUUUCCGAGGUGUUUGCUGUUCUAGCCGAUCUGCAGUGUGAUGUGGUGGAGGCUAAAGUUUGGACUCACAAUGGUAGGAUUGCUUCCUUGAUCUAUGUCAAGGAUUGCAACUCCGGUUCCCCCAUAGAAGACAGACAGAAAAUUGACACCAUUGUUGCAAGAUUGAGGAGUGUUCUUAAAGGAGACAAUGACAUUCGUAGUGCCAAGACUUCUGUCUCUAUGGCAGUCACACAUACCGAAAGGAGAUUGCAUCAAAUGAUGUUUGCUGAUCGUGAUUAUGAGAGGAAGCCUAUCUUGAAGUUGAAUGCUGAUAAUUCCCCUGCUGUAACGGUUCAAAACUGUGCCGAAAGGGGUUACUCAGUUGUAUGUGUUCAAUGCAAAGAUCGAACGAAACUAUUGUUUGAUGUGAUAUUCACUUUGACAGACAUGCAAUAUGUGGUGUUUCAUGCCAACAUCAACACUGCACAAGAAAGAGCAUAUCUGGAAUUCUACAUUAGGCACAGCGAUGGAACCCCUAUUAGCUCCGAAGCCGAGAGGCAGAGAGUUAUUCAAUGUUUACAAGCUGCUAUACAAAGAAGAGCAUCUGAGGGUGUGAGGCUAGAACUAUGCACAGAAGACAGGCCAGGCCUUCUAGCCGAUGUCAUGAGGACGUUCCGAGAGAACGGUCUGAACGUAACAAGGGCUGAGAUCUCCACCACAAGGGCUGAGAUCUCCACCACAAGGCACAUGGCUCUAAAUGUAUUCUACGUAACCGACGUAGUAGGAAAUGUAGCUGAUCAGAAAACAAUCGAGUCGGUUAGACAAAGGAUUGGUUUGAGUAACUUGAAAGUGAAGGAACUGCCAUCAACUUAUCAUCAAACGACGGAGAGGGAAGAACAAACAUUUGGAGUUGGCGGGGCCGUGUUGUUUACUCUUGGAAGCAUGGUAAGGAGGAACCUAUACAAUCUAGGACUGAUCAGAUCGUGUUCGUGAAAGAGGGGUCUCGAUUCGAUAGUCGAUUCUAGAAAAAGAAAAGAGAUGGAUGGAUUGAUUGGGUUUUUACUUUAUGAGAAAUAUUCUUUGCUUAUGGGGUUAUAUGAUGAUUUUCUGUAUAUAAAGAAUAGAAUAGAGAAAGGAGAAAAGGUGGAAUUUGGUGACGGGUAGUUAUAGUUUGGUUUAUUUAGGAACAUAUAUAUAAUUUUUGGUUGUUGAAAGAUUAGAAGGAUAUGAAAUGGUUAUAUAUAUAUGGGUUUGUUGAUGGGAGUGAGGAAAAAGAAUAGUUUUUAGUAUACAAAGUUGAAUACAGUGAUGUAAAUACCAAGUUCUAUAUUAAUGGAAUGGAAAAUAUUGGGUUGAUAACUA